AUAUUUUUUUCCAAUUUUUCAUCACUCAAUGUGCUUAUUUUUAAUUACAUAAUCAUUAAUUUAGUUGAAUUGUUACUUUCCAUCGGAGGCAUGGGAUGUUUUGCUUGCAACUCUUUGUAAUACUACGGGAUUUGUCCAAGUUUUCCAGAAGUGCACAGGGCGAAAUUAUCCUAAGAAGCCCGCACAUAAGAAUUCCAGACAUCUGCAAAGGACCCCAGCUCUUCAAAGAAAAAGACAAAUUGGCAUGAAGAUUCGGACAGGAUUGAACGGGCAACCACUGUCCCCUGAACGCUGAAGUUUACUUAAAUAAUAGGCAAGAAAUAUUGCGAAUUUUUCUCCAAUGGACAUUCAUACAGGAGGAUCAAAGACGAUUUAAAUAUUUUCCAUAAAGUGAUUCCUGAGACAUCAAUUCCACUAUAUUUCAUCCAGCGAUUUAUUGUAUUUUGCGUUGCUUCACGGUCAAUAUUUUGUGCAAGAUAGCGACCCGUUAACCGCCGCACAUGAAAUAAUCAAGUUGUUUUUGCAUGUGCAUUAUCCGACUUUAUUUCACCCGUCAGUGACUGAGCACGAGCGCAUUGAUUGUGUUGCGGCGGACUAUGGACGAGCAAGCCCGGAUCAUGCAGGCUCUCGGCGGUGUCAGCCUGGCCGGUCACUCGGUACAGGGAGGCAUGGCUCUGCCGCCUCCACACGGACACGACGGAACCGAUGGGGAUGGAAGAAAACAAGACAUCGGUGACAUUCUGCAUCAGAUUAUGACCAUCACCGACCAAAGCCUGGACGAGGCGCAAGCAAAGCACAGGAAACAUGGGCUCAACUGUCACAGAAUGAAGCCAGCUCUCUUCAGUGUCCUCUGCGAGAUCAAAGAGAAAACAGGUCUAAGUAUCCGCGGGGCUCAGGAGGAGGACUCGCCCGAUCCACAGCUGAUGCGUCUUGACAACAUGCUUCUGGCAGAGGGCGUGUCAGGACCGGAGAAGGGCGGAGGAUCGGCGGCGGCGGCAGCGGCAGCAGCAGCAACUGGCAGUCCCACUGACAACUCCAUCGAGCACUCUGACUACAGGGCCAAACUCUCCCAGAUCAGACAGAUCUACCAUACCGAGCUGGAGAAAUAUGAGCAGGUGAAUGCAUGUAACGAGUUCACUACCCACGUCAUGAAUCUGUUGAGGGAGCAGUCUCGCACACGGCCCAUCUCGCCCAAAGAGAUCGAGCGCAUGGUCAGCAUCAUCCAUCGCAAAUUCAGCUCCAUCCAAAUGCAGCUUAAACAGAGCACCUGUGAGGCCGUCAUGAUCUUGAGGUCCCGCUUCCUCGAUGCCAGACGGAAACGGCGGAACUUCAGCAAGCAGGCGACCGAAAUCCUGAACGAGUAUUUUUACUCGCAUCUUAGUAACCCUUACCCUAGCGAAGAGGCCAAAGAGGAGCUGGCUAAGAAGUGCAGCAUAACAGUAUCCCAGGGGGUGGGAACCACCAUCACAGUGGCACAGGUAUCCAACUGGUUCGGCAACAAGAGGAUCCGCUACAAAAAAAACAUUGGCAAGUUCCAAGAGGAGGCCAACCUGUAUGCCGCUAAGACAGCCGUGACUGCCGCGCACGCAGUAGCUGCCACCGUCCAGAAUAGUCAGACCAACUCACCCACCACACCCAACUCCGGAUUCCAGAUGAAAGAUGAAGAAUUUCAGCUGGACUCUGCAGAGAACAAAAACACUCUAUUAACCAACAUGUUCACUGGUUCGUCAGGUUCUUUUAACCUCCUAAACUCGGGGGACAUGUUCAUGAGCAUGCAGAAUCUGAAUGGGGAUUCUUACCAAGGGGCACAAGUCGGAGCCAAUGUGCAGUCACAGGUGGAUACCCUGCGCCAUGUUAUCAGUCAGACGGCAGGAUACAAUGAUGCCCUGGGGGGAAAUCCCAUGUAUAGUCCACAUGGCUUGAAUGGUAAUGGGGGAUGGCAGGAUGCUACGACUCCAUCCUCUGUGAUCUCCCCUAUAGAAGGCCCUGGUAGUGUGCACUCUGAUACCUCGAACUGAUCUCCUGAUUGACAUGGCCCCUUCCCAAGCUGUGGACAACCAAUCACAGAAUUGCAAAACCACAGACUGACCAAUCAGAGACACAGAAUAAACUCUCAUCGCUGAUCCAGAAACAUGCUCAUGGAAUCAUCCACAGUACUCUUCCACAGUGUUUUGGAAGCUGGAUAUUUCUUAGCCGUAACAUCAGUCCACUGAACAAUCUCUCCUCCAGUCAUAUUAAACCAUUAUGUUUAGUUUCUUUUAUCAUUUGAAGUGUACAAACUCAAAAUGUAUGAGUUAUUAUAAUAUUGAGUUUAUUUACCGGUCAUAACCCCUCUCCAUUGUUCUUCUAACCAACUGUCGGCAAAGCUUUAGUGCAGGAAUACAUCUGAUACUUACAAAAGUAUAUUCAUAUGAUGCUAACCGAU